ACUACACUUCCGUUCUACAAUUUCACAUUGAAAACUGGAACACGCACACCCACUGGCUAAUUAAGACCAGUCUAGAGUCACCGAGUGGGAGGAGGCAGAAGUAAUAGGCAGGGGUGGACGUUUUCUUUGCCAGUCUAUUCACGACUUCAACCUGCAACUGACACCAUUUUCUAAAAAGUUCUUGAGCAAAGUACCUCUUUUCGACCUCUACUCGUUCUUUUCGGUGACAUUGAACUUGGACAAUUUGACACCGAGGAGCUGUAACAGCGACGUCACAACCUUCAGUCUGCAGCAAGAUUUCUCGCCAUGUUCUCCAAAGCCACCGCCAACUUUGUUCGUCAAGUCGACCGAGAUGGAAGACUGAUCCACGUUUCUCGGAUGAAUGACUCUUCUAAGCUGCUUCCAAUGGCUCUGGUGGUCAAGCGGAAGCGCGUGUGGUUCUGGCAGAGCCCCAAAUACCAGACCACGGAUUUCAAUCUCAGUGAUUUGUUGCUAGGCGAUGAGGUGCUUACACCCGUCGUGUCCAAGAAAGACUUCCUGAAAUUCACCGGGAUUUUGGGCGACACGCUCACUGGCAAGUUCGAAGCCGAAGCCGGUUCUGUCGGCCUGAAACUCGAGGGUCAGGGCUCAUCAAAACUCCUGUCAGAUUUCGGCAAGCUGAAGAAAGAAGAACUGGAUGUGAAGAAGUUGCUAGAAGACUCUGACAAUAGGCUAGUGGACAUGCAGCACAUGUUGGUUCAACAGUUGGAGAAGCAGUCUGAUGUUCUGGCUGUGGUUAAGGAGAGGAUCGUCACAACGGCUGCCUGCAUUGUCACAGAGACCAAAAAGGAGAAAUGCGCCUUUCAUGGCAUCGUGGGACUGUUGGGCAAUCUUGGGGCUAACAUUAAGAUGUGCAUCAAGGAGAGCAACGACAUUGAGGUAGACAGCGAUUUUUCCUUGGAAAUACCAUCCGAUGUCGUCAUUGCGUAUAGCAUUCUGGAACUAGAUAUAAAAAAAGACGGCCAGUAUGAGAUAUGUCUUCAACCCGGAAAAAUCGGGGGCUUUGAAGCUGACCUGAUGAGGGUGUCGUCCCAAGAAUCCUUGACCGUUGUGGACGGAAGGUGCCUUGAUGAGAAUAUUUCAGAAGAACAAAUUCAGCAAGAUGGAUCUCACAAGGAUGACCUCGCUCCCCUCACCGCUCUAUCCCAGUCAACUCGUUGGGCCUUGUUCUGCAGACUUCAAGAGAUUCUCAGCGACAGAGUGACUCUCUCGUAUCUGCAGGAUGUCCUUGAGGAGGUGUGUGUGAACAAAACACUUGAGGAACACGCUAACAACGAUAGUUCGAUGAAUGCCGUUCAUCUGUUGGUCAGUGCCUUGGAAGAGCUGCCCGAUGAAACUUUGAGUCUGAUAUGUGACAGUCAGCUCAAGUUCUUUGAAGCUUUUAGCACUAUGAUGAGCCUGUUGAAGGAGAGUGGCGUUCCUCUCUCGAUGCAGUUUCUUCCUACACUUCUGUGGGAAAAAGAAGCUUUCCAGCAGGCAGAGAAGCUGCUUGACUCCGUUGGAGUGGCUUUGCGGGCCGAUGGUGACCGGCUGUGGGUGGAGAUGGGAGAAAAAAGUGGCGUGCACAUGUUGGUACUUUGCCUUAGCAUGUAUGGAUUGUCUCUGCUGUGCAGAGGGCAAAAACAGGAUUAAUUUUCAUGUAAGAUUUACGUUUCCUUUCUUUACGUUUCUACUAUAUUGAAAAGAAGCAACGAUGUAUUACUAUAAUGUGUCACUCCAUUAUAUUACUGUAGUAAAACAUGAAAGGAGUGCACUGGUAAAAAUGUUUGUUUUUAUUGUUCCUACAUUUACUGGAAUAUCAUGUUACAGACUUCAUCAUAUAUUGACGGGACUCGGUGCGGGGCCGAUUAAUAGGGGGCCUAUCUCCAUCAAAGCUGACUGAGUGGAAACACAAAGAGCUUUUUACGUUGAAAAUUCUUGAGAAUAAAAGCGUAAAUCCCUGAAUUCUUUAUAGACAUGCACGUAAAACAGUCUCGGUUCUUAGUCAAAAGAGCAAAAAAACAAGCAGUUAGCAUUUAUUUUACGUAAAUAUGUUGAACGUGCUGCUGGUCUUGAAGCCACUGUGGUGCUGCCAUAUCACCACAAAGAGUUUACUUUGAAAAUUCUUGUGAAUAAAUGCGUAAAUCCCUAAAUUCUUUAUAGAUAUAUGGACGUAAAACACUGUCAAUUCUUAGUUAAAAGUAAGGGUGUCAAACGAUUAAAAUUUUUAAUCGAGUUAAUUACAGCCUAAAAACUAAUUAAUCGUAAUUAAUUGCAAUUCAAACCAUCUAUUAAAUAUGCCAUAUUUUUCUGUAAAUUAUUGUUGGAAUGGAAAGAUAAUGGCUAUAUAUUACAUUCAACAUACGGUACAUAAGUACUGUAUUUCUUUAUUAAAACAAAUCAACAAGAUGGCAUUACCAUUAUUAACAUUCUGUUAAAGCGAUCCAUGGAUAGAAAGACUUGUAGUUCUUAAAAGAUAAAUGUUAGUACAAGUUAUAGAAAUUUUAUAUCAUAAUACAUUGUAUCUGUAUAAAUUUUAUAUUAUAAUUUUUAUAUUAAAACCAUCAUGUUUUCAUUUUAAUAAAAUUUGUAAAAUUUUCAAUCAAAAAAUAAACUAGUACCCCGCCAUUGUGGAUGUCAAUAAUUACAUACACAAUGCUCAUGGCUGCUGAAGCCUAUAAAAUCAGUCGCACCCGAGCGCCAGCAGAGGGUGGCAAAACUCCGAAAAACACAACAAGUACACAUUUCACUGUGCUGUCAUUUUAAUCAGUUUGAACGGGGCAUUUGUGCGUUAAUUGCGUCAAAUAUUUUAACGUGAUUAAUUUAUAAAAUUAAUUACCGCCUGUUAACACGAUAAUUUUGACAGCCCUAGUUAAAAACAAAAACAAAAAAACGGGAGUUCGCAUUUAUUUUACGUAAAUAUGUCGAAAGUGCUGCUAGUCUUUAAGCUACUGUGGCCCCGCCUUAUCACCACAAGGAGCUUUUUACGUUGAAAAUUCUUGUAAAUAAAUGCGUAAAUCCCUGAAUUCUUUAUAGAUAUGGACGUAACGCAGUCUCGAUUGUUAAAACAGCAAAAAAAUUGGGCAGUUAACAUUUAUUUUACGUAAAUAUAUUGAACGCGCUGCUAGUCUUUAAGCCACUGUGGUGUCGCCUUAUCACCAAAAAGAGCUUUUUACGUUGAAAACGCUUGUGAAUGGAUGUGUAAAUCCCUAAAUUCUUUAUAGAUAUAUGGACGUAAAACGGUCUCAAUUCUUGGUCAAAAGCAAACACCCCCCCC